AUCUUGAGCGGAAGAUAUCUCUGAGGCUCCUUGACGGUAUCAAAGAUCAAAGACCAAUCGCUCUCCUCUAGGAAAACAGCAUGGGGUAUUUUCGCUUCGUUUGUCUGCAUACGGUCAACACCAUCCCGGGAAUAUGGUUCGUCCUCUUAACCGCGCUCAUGCGUACGGACAAAGCCAGCCACAGCCGACCGACUCAAAUAUCACGGCCCAGAUUACCCGAAUUGACAGCUCGGUGUUCCCUUCGAGAGGCUCGCCCUUUGCACUCAGCAUUGGACAGUUUCGGACACCUCCGACAUUCUUACACUGACAUGUUGCCAAAUCCAUCCAUGCUCCGGAGCUUGAGGACGACCACGAAAACGCUCCAGAAAGCCUGCCGUGUAACCCGUUGUCGCAGACACCUUGCAGUCUUAGAUGCAACGCUCCGACACGAGAUCCCCAGACUACGGCUCAGGUCGGCGACCUUCUCGAAGCGCGCUGCACUCCUCUUACUUGACUCGCAGAAACUUGAUAAAUUGAGAGUGGAUCUUUUCGAUGCAUCGAUCACCUUUCACCGGUGGUACGUAAAUUGGAAAAGGCAGCCGGACCGGGCCUUUAGCUUUGCUUUUUGGUAGGGCAGAGCGAGGUACGAAACACCUGCUGGCAUGCAAUUGGAGGGAAAAGUAUGGUUUGAUCGUUGAUCAACGCCCCUCCCGUUGCAAUUGCGUCUCCAACGCUCGUUUCUGCUCAUCACUGCAUGAGUGUUCGUGCGAAGCUGAGGGACGUCAAAUCAGGUGAUGAAGCCCUCCAGAAGUUGCAGAUGCGUGGACAGGUCAGAACUGACGGAUGUCACAAUCGCCUGGCACUCAUGUCAUCUGAAAAAGUUGUGGCCGAUCGUUCGACCA